AUGGGAUUCUCCAGGGGAGUUGCCGUGGUGUUCGCAGUCCUUUUCGCUCUGGCGUCAGUCUGCACGGCUAGGCAGGAGAGCAGCGAGGGUCACCUCUACCCUCAGUUCUACGACCGGUCCUGCCCCAAGGCUAAGGAGAUUGUGAGGUCCGUGGUGGCCCAGGCCGUCGCCCGGGAGGCCCGCAUGGCCGCGUCCCUCGUUAGGCUGCACUUCCACGACUGUUUCGUCAAGGUCCCCGCUCUCUCCCUCUCUCUCUCUCUCUCGCUAGCCAGCUAGCCAGCUGAUGAUGAUUGAUGAUUGGAGGGAACCCAUGUUUGGUAGCCUCAUUUGGUGUCGUGUUUUCUUUAUAAAGGGCUGCGACGCGUCGGUCCUGCUGGACAGCAGCCCCAGCAUCGUGAGCGAGAAGCUCUCCAACCCCAACCGCAACUCCAUCAGAGGGUUCGAUGUGGUCGACGAGAUCAAGGCGGCGCUGGAGAGGGAGUGCCCCAGCACGGUCUCCUGCGCCGACAUUCUCGCCCUCGCCGCCAGGGACUCCACCGUUCUCGUAAGCUCGCCUCCAUUUCUCGCCCGCUUUCUCUCUCUCUCUCUCUCUCCAUUUCUGCCUCUGCGGAAAUGACCCUAUUAAACUGUUGUGUGAUGUGGUUGAUUCGUGCAGACUGGCGGGCCAAACUGGGAGGUUCCACUGGGACGUAGGGACUCCAGGAGCGCGAGCCUCAGCGGCUCCAACAACAACAUCCCCGCCCCCAACAACACCCUCCCCACCAUCGUCACCAAGUUCAAGCUCCAGGGCCUCAACCUCGUCGACCUCGUCGCCCUCUCAGGUGGGUAAAAAGAGAAUGGGUAGUGUGCAUAUUAUUUACUACACGUCACAUCAAUCAACAGAGGAGGCGGGGACGAAGAGAGUGGCCUCAGCAUAAAUGUAUUUACUCCGUAGCAUCGCGGGCUGAGCGUGGGGGCUGUUUUUGUGAUGGACAGGGAGCCACACCAUCGGGAUGUCGAGGUGCACCAGCUUCAGGCAGAGGCUGUACAACCAGACGGGCAACGGGCUGGCGGACUUCACGUUGGACGCGUCCUACGCCGCGCAGCUGAGGACACGGUGCCCGCGCUCGGGUGGGGACAACAACCUCUUCCCCCUGGACCCCCCUAGCCCCGCCGGGUUCGACAACUCCUACUUCAGGAACAUCCUCGCCGCGCGGGGCCUCCUCAGCUCCGACCAGGUGCUCUACACGCGCAGCGCCGCCACCCGACGACUGGUGCGGCUCUACGCCCGGAACAACGCCCACUUCCUGCGCCAGUUCGCGCGCUCCAUGAUCAAGAUGAGCGCCAUCUCCCCGCUCACCGGUGCCCGCGGAGAGAUCAGGAGGAACUGCAGGCGGGUCAACAACUCCUAG